UAAAUAUGCUUCGGGAAACUACCAAAAUAGCUCGCAUAUAAUGGAUUAAAAUAGUCCGCUAUAAGUGUUUUAAGCGAGUCUAUAAUAUCCGAGGAUUUUACAUGCAACUAUUAAUAGGACCUUAAAUUGUGUCCAUUAUAUACGGGUUUCCAUUAUAAGCAAGUUCAUUUUUCAUUAUUAUUAUGAUUGUUUCAGAUUGGGCGACUGAAGGCAGAUAGAAGAUGAUAGAUCCAUCUUCAUCUGAGGAGGAUAGUGAUGAAGAACACGCACCAGGUCAUCAUGUUGGCCAAACUGCACCGUCACACCAUCAUGCCUCAGCUCAUUCCCAUCCGGCCGAAUCAUCGCCCUACCACCACUCUCACGAGUCGGAGCAGGGCAGCGGCAGCCUGGAGGUACCUACGUCAAACAGCUCCCUUGCCCAACGAUCCCUUUCACCAUCUAGUGCCAUAUCGGCGGAAACUUUGACCCACAGCGUCGGCUCGUCGAGAGCCAACUCUUUACCCAGGCCUACUAGCCCCUCUCCUUCAGUUGCUUCGGAGAAGACGGAAGUGGAUCUGCAGGAAAAGCAAGAACGGGAAGAGGAGGAACGCAAGAGGAGGAUACAACUUUACGUCUUCGUUUCUAGGUGUGUCGCCUAUCCAUUCAACGCUAAACAGCCAACUGACAUGACCAGGAGACAGAUGAAGAUAACUAAACAGCAACUAGAAGCUAUUAUCAAUAGGUUUCAGAGCUUUCUAAAGGGCGAAACCCAAAUAAUGGCUGACGAGGCCUUUCAGAACGCAGUACAAAAUUAUUACGAUGUUUUUUUAAAAUCUGAACGGGUCGUGAAGAUGGUCCAAUCUGGUGCUUGUUCGCAAUAUGAUUUUAGAGAAGUUUUUAGGAAUAAUAUAGAAAAACGUGUUAGGUCCUUACCAGAAAUGGAAGGUUUAAGUAAAGAAACCGUUUUUACAUCCUGGAUGGCCAAAUUCGACUGUAUAUUAAAAGUUUCAGACGAUGACACUAAGCGGCCAUCUAGGAUGCAACAAAAUCUAAAUAGCGAAUCUAUUCUAACCAAAGAACAGUUGUAUGAUAUGUUUCAACAAAUAUUAGGCGUAAAAAAGUUCGAGCAUCAACUGCUAUUCAACGCGCUUAUGCUCGAUUCAGCUGACGAACAAGCUGCAGCUAUAAGAAGAGAACUUGAUGGCAGGAUGCAAAAAGUUGCUGAAAUGGAAAAGAACAGAAAGUUGAUGCCGAAAUUUGUACUGAAAGAAAUGGAAUCGCUAUACAUAGAGGAAUUAAAAUCAUCAAUAAAUCUAUUGAUGGCGAAUUUAGAAUCCCUACCAGUGUCCAAAGGGUCGAUGGAUAGUAAAUAUGGCUUACAAAAACUAAAACGCUAUAAUCACAGGUUGCAUAACCAUAAUAAUCCGUAUAAUGUGAAGCACAUUCUGACGAAUUAUGUUACUUCUUUUAGAUCGCAAGGAUCUUUAGCAAAACUUGAAGGGGAUUCCGCUGAUAGCGAUACCACACUUACUAAGCUUGACGUCGUUCUCACGUUCCAGCUAGAGGUGAUAGUUAUGGAGGUGCGAGGUUUAAAAUCACUAGCACCCAAUCGCAUAGUGUACUGCACUAUGGAAGUUGAGAAUGGUGAAAAGUUACAAACUGACCAAGCCGAAGCUUCCAAGCCAAUGUGGGACACACAGGGUGAUUUUUGCACGACACACCCUUUGCCUUAUGUUAAAGUUAAGUUAUAUACUGAAAAUCCUGGUAUGCUGGCUUUGGAAGAUAAAGAACUUGGAAAGGUUCUCCUCAAACCCACCCCGUUAUCAUCUAAAGCACCAGAGUGGCAUAAAAUGACAGUACCUAAAAACCUGCCGGAUCAAGAUCUGAGAAUCAAAAUAGCAUGUAGAAUGGAUAAACCUUUGAACAUGAAACAUUGUGGCUGCCUAUAUGCAAUCGGGAAAAGCGUUUGGAAGAAAUGGAAGAAGAGAUACUACGUUCUGGUCCAAGUUUCUCAAUACACGUUCGCGAUGUGCAGUUAUAAAGAAAAGAAGUCAGAACCCUCAGAAAUGAUGCAACUAGAUGGUUACACGGUCGAUUAUAUUGAAGCUUCAAGUGCAAACUUGAUGGUGGGAACGGGUAAGCACUUGGAAGGUGGUAGACACUUUUUUAAUGCUGUUAGGGAGGGAGAUAGUAUCAUCUUCGCUAGUGACGAUGAGAAUGAGUGCCAUCUAUGGGUGAUGGCAAUGUACAGAGCUACUGGACAAUCUCACAAACCUACCCCUCCUGUCACCUUACAGGACAAAAAUUCGACCAUCUCGAGAGAUGCGGACCGCGCAAGAAAACAUGGAAUGGAAGACUUCAUCUCAGCAGAUCCUUGUCAGUUUGAUCACGCUUCAUUAUUUAAACUCUUGCAGAAUCUUACUUUGGAGUAUAGGUUGAACGAUCCUUAUUGUUCACUGGGUUGGUUUAGCCCCGGUCAAGUUUUUGUGUUAGAUGAAUAUUGCGCGAGGUACGGUGUGAGAGGAUGUUAUCGACACUUGUGCUACCUUUCUGAUCUACUAGAUAGAGCAGAAAAGAACAUUAUGAUAGAUCCUACCCUAAUUCAUUAUAGUUUUGCAUUUUGUGCCAGCCACGUACAUGGAAAUAGUGGUGACCUUAGGCCAGAUGGAGUGGGAAGUGUUACGCAUGAGGAAAAAGAAAAGUUCCAAGACGUGAAGGAGCGAUUGCGAGUCUUGUUAGAAAAUCAAAUUACUAAUUUCAGAUUUUGUUUUCCUUUCGGUAGACCAGAAGGUGCUUUAAAAGCGACCCUUUCAUUAUUGGAAAGGGUCUUAAUGAAAGAUAUUGUUACACCAGUGCCUACAGAAGAAGUUCGUGGAAUGAUUAAGAAAUGUUUAGAGACUGCUGCGUUAGUGAAUUAUACACGGUUAUCCACUGAAGCUAAAAUAGAUGAAGACUUAAGAAGUGAGACAAUGGUAUCCCCUAGCAAGAAAUUAGAUGACUUAAUACACCUUGCAGAACUCUGCGUUGACCUUCUGCAGCAAAACGAAGAACACUAUGCGGAGCAACUGCGCAAGGCGGAACGGCAAUCCGGGCAACCGUCGGCCGAUGCGGGUACUGCGGGAGCGAGUAAUGCGGGGGGCAAUGCGGGCAAUGCGGCAGCCGCAAAUGCGAGCAAUGCCGCUGCGAACGCAUCUAGUACUAGUUCGCCCGUUCCGGCACGGGAUGCCAAGGAUGCCAAGCACCAAAACUCUCUGUCUCGCUCUUGCAUGCCUCAGCAUGCCAAUUACACCCCAGAAGGCCCUAUGGCUUUCGCGUGGUUCAGCGAUCUACUAGUGGAACAUGCCGAGAUAUUUUGGUCCCUAUUUGCAGCUGAUAUGGACAGGGUUCUAGCUGAACAACCCCCAGAUACUUGGGACUCCUUCCCGUUGUUCCAGAUUCUCAACGAUUACCUCAGGGCUGACGAUAAUUUAAAAAAUGGCCGAUUCCACCAACACCUAAGAGAUACGUUCGCACCACUUGUCGUCCGCUAUGUAGAUCUCAUGGAAUCGUCAAUAGCCCAAUCUAUCCACAAAGGCUUUGAAAAAGAACGGUGGGAAAUCAAAGGCAUGGGCUGUGCAACAUCGGAAGACCUCUUUUGGAAACUGGAUGCUCUCCAGUCGUUCAUUAGAGACCUGCACUGGCCAGACGCCGAAUUCAGACAGCAUUUGGAACAACGUCUGAAACUGAUGGCUUGUGACAUGAUGGAGUCCUGCAUUCAACGAACCGAACAGGCCUCUCAGCAGUGGCUCAAGAAAUCAGUGACAUUCAUUUCCACCGAUUACAUCAUACCAUCGGAAAUGUGUGCCAUGGUCAACGUUAUCAUCGACGCUAAGAAUCAAUCUUUAAAGCUUUGCGCUGUCGAUGGGAUUGACGUUCACCAAUACCACACAAAGAUCGAUGAUAUGAUCGAAAAAACAAACGCUAACAUGGUUCAAGGCUUGAUCAAUAAACUGAUGUCAGUACUAGAAGCGAGCUUGUCAAAACUAUCACGAUAUGAUGAAGGAAGCUUCAUUGGCUCUAUACUCAGUUUUACGAACGUUUCGGGUUCAGGCAAAGACAUGGGCCAAGGAUAUGUAAACUUCACUAGGAAUAACAUGGAACAAGUUAGGCAGAAAAUUACAGAUGAGCUGUGGAUUCUGACAUUUUUUGAACAGUGGUACACAAACCAAAUAAACAUGCUUUGCAACUGGCUAUCAGAACGAUUGGAUCACACCUUGCAUCCUUUCCAGUGUACGUGCCUUGCCCUUAUUGUCAAGAAACUUUAUUCUGACUUUGAACUACAAGGCGUCAUGGAGGACAAGCUUAACUCAAAGGCUUAUCAGACAAUAUCUCAAAGAAUGCAAACUGAGGAAGCCACAUGUGCACUUACAAUGGGCCAGGCUGAAGGUGGGCUCGAAGGCUUGGAGGAAGAAGGUGAGAGCAGCAAAGGUAAAGCUAAGGUCAAUAUCAUGGAGAACCUAAGCGGUGAAGACGGGAAUAUUUUAUCAAAUGUGGGAACACUCGUGGGUGGUAAAGUUGGCAAUAUUUUUGGUAAGGGUCUAGGCGGAAUUGGUUCAAAAUUAGGCGGUGGAACAAGUAGUUGGUUUUGAAUGUUCUAUCUUGCAUUACUAAUAUAGUUUAAUAAUACCAAUAACCUUCUUCUUUUUGAAACAAAGUGUAAAAUAAACAUACAGGAUGUCCCAAAAGGUGUAUUCAAACGGAUAUUUAAAAACUAAACAUCAAAGCUAGUGCCCAAUUGUAAAUUUAUGCGAUAUUCCUCUUUGUGCACCUAAAAAAAUUAUUGACGUUUUUUGCCACUGUGACAUAAGUAUAUCUUUCGAGGUGCUAUUUUUACCCAUUUGGGACAUCAGGCAUACCGUUCAAAUUUUCUCAAAGUUACAGCUUUUAAUAUAAAGGUUACUAGUCCAUUCCUUUUACUAUUCGAUUUGGAAAAAUAUGAGCUGAAACAACAUAAAUAUCCUCACAGAACCCAUAAAGCUCAAUCUCAUGCACCAUUACGUGAUCAAGAGAAAGGUGAGAGUAAAAUCGAUAGCAAUAAAAUAAAUAAUUCUGGAGUCGGUCACAGAAAAACGUUCAUAAUGAAUUAUCUAAUUUAAAAUGUCAUUCUUUUAUCAGGAUGUUUAAUCGAUUCAAAUUAUUUAAUUCAAAAGGGAGAGAGGCAAUCAUGAAGUUCUAUAACCAUGAAAACCGCAGGAUAAGUUUCAGGUGUUAUAUUAAUAUAAAGUACUCUCACCACACAAUAAAAAGCUUAGAUUAUUACAGAGUUGCAUAAAUAUGCUGCAGUCUACAGUCUAGAAAAAUGGUAAUAACAUCAAAAUUAAACCCUUAGCUCAUAUUUUGUUGAUACUUUUGAUUAUUCUUUAGAUAAUAGACCUUUUUGACUGUCCGGAAAUAGGUGCUACAAUAAAAUGUGGAGAAACUGUACCUAAAUGGUUUUUCCUAAAAUAUUAAAUAUAACGUGUAUCUGGACGAUGUAAAAUAUAUUUAAAUGAAACAUACUAUUUCUGCUGAGGCCCAGUACUUCCAUUCUCAAUAGAUAAUCAGAAGGUCAUCAGCCUUCUAUUGUAUAUAUUAUUAAUAUCAACUUUUGUGGUUAAUGUAUUUGAUUAUCAUUAUAAAAAUACUUUGCUGGGUAUUAGUAUAUAAAUAUUGUACACAUUGAAAAAUUAGCUUGAGGAAAAUGUAUGAGUCAUCUCAUAUGAUAUUGGGAUGGUUAUGGCUUUAAUAUAAUGUAACAAUUAUUGGAAAUUGAUAAAAUAUAUAUUUUAAAGCAUCGAUAUUUUAUGCUAAGGGUGCUUCUUUACAGUGGAUGUCACAAACUUGGCAUUCACUAUCCCAUUUUUGGGUGCUUAGAUUGAAAGAAUCAUGUUGUCAUCAACAAAUUUAGAUAUUGAAAUAUUGUAAAAAGCUGGCUGUCAAAUAAUGAACAAUAACAGAUCUAAGCUUCAAUCUAAGGAUUGCUUGAUAUAUGUAAAUGACUAAAUAAGAGACUGUAAGUACUAGCCCUGAAUAGUAUGAGUGGGAAGAUUUAUCAGAAUAUUUAGACAAUGCCUUGCUGUUAAUAAUAAUUAGUUAUAUAAUAAAAAAUAUAAAUACAUUGGCCUCGGCUCAUUGUGGUUUUUUAUAUCAUAAUCACCUUAUGCUUUAGGUUUUUACUUAAUUUUGUAAACGCUAUACAUUGUAGCUUUAAAUUAGGUUGCCACUUAUAAAGAAUUGACUUAAAAUGCUGAAUUGACUUGAAAUGUGCGAAUUGCAAAAUUUAAUUUGACAAAAUACAAGGUGGUUCAAAAAACACUGACAAUCCUACAACAGAAAAUAGAUACAAAAGUUUUCGUGUUAUUUUUAAACGUACGUCCUUGCCUUAGAAAUAUUGCCAAUGUUGUUUGAAGCACACUGUUUAUAUCUUAUUGUAUAGUGUAAGCACCAUCUGAAUUUUCCCUUAUUUAUUAGAUAUUGCUAUUUUAAUGUAUCGUUGCUUUUUAAAACAUUAUGUGUAAACGAUUCUUUUGAAUAAUUGAAAUUAAUUUAACAUUUUGCGUAAAGCAUCUUAUUUAUUCUUAUAUAUACCAAUACCGAUCGUACGUUCUAAACUAUACCGGUCGUGUAAUAUACUUGUGCUUAUAUGAUUAUAUUGAUUCUAAUAUGAAUAUACAUAUAUCAAAAAUAUAAUUUCUCACGUAAACAUUACAAGCUAUGCAAUCAUAUUAACAAGAAUAUAGCGUUCGUAGCAUAUACAGUGUGUACGGUACAUGAACAGACAAUUUUUUGGUAAUUGAGAAGGCUAUUUAAUGUUCUUAUUGAAAACCGGAGUGCUUCAGGUACUACGGUUACUGAGAUAUAUUUUUUUUUUUUUUUCGUUUUCACGCUGAAUUCUCCGAAACUGUGCAUGCAUAUCGUGAUAACUUUUUUGUUUAUCAAGACAAUAACAUAAAAUAAACGCGGUUGGGUUCUUUAAUGCAUGCUUAAUCAAUGUAAAUAAUGUACCAAACACCCUGUAUACAAGGUAUAACAAGUCGCAUUUUACCAAGGUAUCGCUUUCUGAAAAUAGCCUGUACAAAAAUUUGUAGGAAUUUUGAUUUUUUUAUGAAUACAUGGUGUUAAUAAGUUAUCUGACCAAACUUCAAAAUGAUUGUUGAAAGUUUUCGCCCAGUGACGUAGGAAGUACAAGUAUCAAUAUCAUGAAAAUGAAGCAUUAUCAGACUUAGUUUAUACAGGGCGAUUCAGAAUAUCUUGGCGGUACUUCUAGAGUAGGAAGUACUUCCACAAAUAACAAAAAAGGUCCUAAAAAAUAUGAAGUCCUAAAAUGUUUCAUUACCAAAAUAGAGGACGCUGAAUUUAUAAUUCCAAAUACCUUGACUUGAAACUUUGUUUAUGUAGUACUAACAACAUAGCCAAUAGUUACAAAAAUGUUCGUGUCUGAGUCUACACCAGUGCGUAGAAAUUGGGAAAUGUUGGCACCUAUACAGAGGAAAAAGAUAAAUUAUGUCCCGCCGGGACCGACUUUUUUGGAACAUCUAUUGCAUUUUUAGAUAAAGUAUUCAAUUUUACAUUGACGGUCUCGCAUAAAAAAAUGUGUCAGACUACUCCUAUUGAAGUAAAAUUGGAUUAGGCAUUCAAAAUGAGCUGAGGUGAGGAUUUUAUCCUCAUUCAGUGACGUAGAAAUUUACACCACCCUGUAUCUUCGUAACGGGACAUUAUAGGAUUUAUCUUUAUAGGAACUUUUUUGACUUUUUGGGAUGUACAUUAUACUCUAUAAACGUCCAAGGGAUCAUCCUUCAAAGUUUGAUCAAACACCUUAUUAACGCCCUGUAUUUUAUUUUCACAAAUAUCCCGAAAAUAAACAUAUUCGAAUAAUAAAUACGAUAUUUGUACUAUCUAUUUUCGGUGGAAAUUAAUGUCCACUUUGUAUAUUAGCGGAAGUAUUGUGGCAACCUCUAUAUAUUUUCAUUGAAACUGUGAGUUUAUAUACAAUUGUUACUGUUCUACACUACUUAAUCCAAAUAUAAUAAAUGCUAAAACUAUAGCUCUUGUUGCACUGGAUACGUAUUAAAAGCAAUCCAAUGUUUUUAGUUUUCAAAUGUGGCAUCUGAAGUAGAUUGUGUCAUUUUAACCAAAAGUAAUAAGAAUUUGGAGUGACCUUUGACCAUGAAAAAGGAUUAAAUAUAUGGCGAAGCCCUAUUACAAUGAAAAGUUUCAUAAAAUUAUAUUUUGAUGCUUAGUUUUUGUUUGAAAAUGAUUUUGUUCUCUGUGUUACCUCUUUGCUUUGUCUUGCUUAAAUGGGACCAGAUUUUUUUUUACUGGCUGAUUCUGUAUUCCUAAAUCAAACAUCAAAAACCGUACAGAUUCAUAUGAUCAUUAUCCUGUUUUACAAGUUGUAUCAUCUGCUAGGUUUCCUAUAUACCAAAACACAACAACCUACAUAUAUGUUUUUUUCACAGAUAAGCGAACAUUUUUGUCGCAAAACAAUUUCGAAUAAAAUAAAAAUUUUUGGUGGAUAAAAAUGUAUGAAAAGGCAUCUAAAAGCAUUGGACCCUAACUUUCUUAAAGCAAAUGUGUAAUGAACAUAUCUAGUUGAAAGUAUGUAGCAUCUAGUGCAUGUAGUUUAAAAUCUAAUAAAAAAGAGUUGUAUAUUCUAUUUUUCCCAUAUUCACCCAUUUUUCUAAUACCUUCUGAAGGUAUGUCAUCUUCAAAUUUUAUUUAAACUUGACACUUACUAGCAAGCUUUAGCAAAACGCCCCAAGCAAUAAUAUUCACAGCAGUUCUCUGAUUUGACGAAAUCUGCUAAUAGACGACACAAUAAAUAUUUCACACAAAACAAAAUAAACAUUUAGGGUGAUCGGAAAAAAGUAACGUAAUAUAACAGUGAGACUUGGAAUCAACAUUUUCAAUUGUAUUUAUUAUAACACAGCAAAAUGAAAGUUUGUGUAUUGGAAUGAAAGAAAUCGCACAUUGCCCCAUCACUCCACAAAUAUUUGGAAUUCUGAGCCCAAAUGGAGGAAUUCUAGAAUUCUGUUCAGAAUUGAAAAUCGAUGUGCUGCAUUUUGAGUCGCUAAUUUGCUACUGGUUUCAUGAAGAUGUCUAGUAUUGGUUCAAUGCCUCAGAAUGGGUAUAAAUGUGGAACAAAAAAAUUCUGAACUGUAAAAAAUUGAUGACUUUCAAGUUCAAGAUUCACUGAUUAUAUUACUUUGUAUGUAACCACCCUACCACCCUGUAAGAAUUUUUGUUUGUCUAGCACAUUGUAGAAUAUACAAUACAAUGUAUGUGAUAUGAAAUUUGUGUGUUAGUGUUUUUGACAUUUUUGCAGCUCUGAGAUUUUUGACAUGAUUUGAUACUAUUCUGGCAUUUUUAUGGCAUUAACUGACAUUUGUUGCUCGCCCUUUUUCUAGCAUAAAGCAAACUUACAUAAUUUAUUUGAAACUAGAAGUGACUAAGAAUGUCAAACAAACCUUAGGUAAAUUUAAUUCUUUGAAGACCGAUAAUUUCUGACAAAUUGGGGAAUGAAGUUUGUCCGAUUUGCAAAAAUGAUGGACAAGUUCUGAGACCAAAUACUCAGAGUUGUGACACAGAAGUACGCAAUUCAUUUAAACAAAUCUCGUAUUGAUCUAGGUCAUGAUCCUUAUAAGAUCACUUCAAGGUCAAGCUUAUUUUUAUACGUUGACACUGAAAUGGAUCUGGUACAGGGAGAAGCCGUGGUUGUUUAAUUCUCUUUAUGACAAGGCCACGUCGAUCUUGAAUGCGAAAGAGAAAGGAAAUCUCAAUAAUGUGAACAUAGCUUUAAGGUAUUGUGUUUUAUUGACUAUUAAUUUGAGUCUUUUUGUUUUGGUCU